CUCAUUCAGAGUUUGAAACGCACGUCCAGAUUCUCGACGUGUCUCCUGUAAGGCAUCGUACCCGCUCGAGUGCAUCAUGUUUGGCCCAUAGUUGGCCCGUGACCGCUCGUGCUUUGACUCCGCUGCACGAGAAUGAGUACAUUUGCAGUACUUUUGAAGACGGCAUGGACUCGUCGCACGUACAAUCGAUCGAGAGCAGCUGAGGAGGAGAACCGGGCGGCAGAAUGCACAUUGGCACUCUCGCAGUCUUCCGGUGAAUUGGACUGAAGUUGGACUGGACACGAGUUGCGGCUUUCAUAUUGUUGGCAUGAUGAGGAGUACUAGUGGGUCUUAAAAAAAAAUUCUCAAGAAUAAAUGUCGUGGUUCGGAAUUAAUUCUGUCAUAAAUGCUCACUGAGACGGCCAGCCAUCUGUAGCCUAGGAGCCCCGUCUGUCCUGCGUCUCUUAGUGGAGCUUGAGAUCUUCUCUCGAGAGGGCGAGCAGAGGAGUCUAUCGAGCCCACCAUAGCCGGGAAUUGCAAAGAGCUUUCAAUGCAGUUCGGGCUGAGUCGACGGAGUGCGAGCAAGUGAAUGCGACAUUGACAUCGGGCGACAAUACAUUCUUCAGGUUCGCCUCUGGGAUUCGAGAUCAUGGCCACGGGCCAAAUAUUCUCUCGCUCGACUCAGGCCCUGUUUUACAAUUACAAGCCGAGUCCUGUGCAGCGGAUGCUGGACUUCGAUUUUCUCUGCGGCAGAGAGAAGCCGUCGGUCGCAGGUGUGAUUCAGCCCGGAUCAGAGGGAUUUCACAAGCUUUUCUUCGGCCAGGAGGAGAUUGCGAUCCCUAUUCAUGGCACCAUUGCAGGGGCAUGCCAAGCUCACGCGACGGCCGACGUCUUCGUCAACUUCGCCUCGUUCCGCAGUGCGUUCGCCUCGUCCAUGGAAGCUCUGCAGCAGCCCACGAUACAAGUGGUGGCCAUCAUCGCCGAAGGAGUUCCCGAACGAGACACGAAGAAACUCAUCGCGUAUGCGCAGACGCACAACAAGGUUGUGAUCGGGCCUGCCACCGUGGGAGGCGUGCAGGCGGGAGCAUUCAAAAUUGGAGACACCGGCGGAACCCUGGACAACAUUCUGGCCUGCAAACUCUACCGACCAGGAUCCGUAGGCUUCGUGUCCAAAUCCGGGGGCAUGUCGAACGAGCUGUACAAUGUGCUAGCACGAGUCACCGACGGACUGUACGAAGGCAUUGCCAUCGGCGGCGAUGCGUUCCCCGGCUCGACGCUCUCGGACCAUGUCCUGCGCUUCAGCAACAUCCCUCAGAUCAAGAUGAUCGUCGUGCUCGGCGAGCUGGGCGGGCGGGACGAGUACUCGCUCGUCGAAGCUCUGCAGCAGGGCCGAGUCCAGAAGCCCGUGGUGGCCUGGGUGACAGGAACCUGCGCCAAGCUGUUCAAAUCCGAGGUGCAAUUCGGGCACGCCGGAGCCAAGAGCAGCGGCGACGAGGAAUCCGCGCAGGCCAAAAAUCGAGCCCUGCAGCUGGCCGGCGCAGUGGUGCCCACGUCCUUCGAGGGAUUGGAGCUCGCGAUCAAGCAGGUCUUCGAGCGACUGGUGGCCGAGGAGAUCAUCGCGCCCGCGCGCGACGUGACCCCGCCCGUCGUGCCCGAGACGCUGAGCAGCGCCAUCAGGAGCGGCAAAGUGCGCGCCCCGACGCACGUCGUCUCGACGAUCUGCGACGAUCGGGGCGAGGAGCCGACGUACGCCGGCGUGAACAUGACAACGCUGUUCGAGCGCGACUACGGAGUCGGAGACGUGCUGGCGCUGCUGUGGUGGAAGCGCAGCCUUCCGGCCUACUGUACCAAGUUCAUCGAGAUGUGCGUCAUGCUGUGCGCGGACCACGGCCCGUGCGUGUCGGGGGCGCACAACACCAUCGUCGCGGCGCGCGCGGGCAAGGACCUGGUGUCGUGCCUGACGUCGGGCCUGCUCACCGUCGGGCCGCGCUUCGGCGGCGCGGUGGACGACGCGGCGCGCUGCUUCAAGGCGGCGCGCGACGCGAACCUGAGCCCGCACCUGUUCGUCGAGAGCAUGAAGAAGAAGGGCCUGCGUGUGCCGGGCAUCGGCCACCGGAUCAAGAGCCGCGACAACCGCGACCGCCGCGUGCUCCUCUUACAGCAGUACGCGCGCGCCCACUUCCCCCAGGUCCGCUACCUGGACUACGCAGUCGCGGUCGAGGACUACACUCUGAGCAAGGCUGCCAACCUGGUUCUCAACGUGGACGGGUGCAUCGGCGCGCUGUUCCUGGACCUGCUGGCCAGCUGCGCCAUGUUCCAGGCGCACGAGAUCGACGAGAUCGUCGACAUCGGCUACCUCAACGGUCUCUUCGUCUUGGCCCGCAGCAUCGGCCUCAUCGGGCACACCUUCGACCAGAAGCGCCUCAAGCAGCCUCUCUACCGACACCCGUGGGAGGACGUCCUGUACACCAAGGUCUGAUCUUCGCCGACGACGACGACGACGACGACGAAGAUUUCCUCCCUGGGUGGUGGCGGUGGUGCUCUCCUCCUCCUCCUCCGCCCCGUUCUCGCGGCCUCGAGCACGUGAAUGAAUGCUGGCGCUGUUCGUUCCAUUCCUGCCAUUCCGCAACAUAAUCGAUCGUUCUCAUUCGACGAACUCUCUCGCUACGAUAUCUCUCGACGGGUCGUAUGCCCGAGCAGAGACACCGCACCUGCGCCUCGAGGCCUGCUCUUAUGUCGAAUCGCGCAGUCGAAUCGAGUCCAACGUCGACGAAUCCGAUUAGUCGUGUUCUUCGGCGUGUACAUUUUUUUGCUUCUUGCCUAGGAUAGCAGGACAUAACAGGCAUAGCAGGCAGGCAGGCAAGAAGAGGUCCCCGAGAUUCUUUCGCGAACGUUCAUAAAUUUUGAUCUGUAUACGAUGUCGCUCUGUGAAGUUGUCGCAAGUGCGUGCAUACCAAGAAUACACACUUCUUUCGCCUGAUUCGGCUUGACUCCCCUUGGGUCACAUGAGCACAUGAGCACGCACGGUUUCCUUCACGUGCAAUGUUUUGUUGCCAUCGAUCCCCCUGAGACGAGGAAAAAUUGAGCGUCCAGACAUUAUGCACUGGAAUUCAUCUUGCUCGCAUGUUUCUACGGACUGGAUGACUUUGAAUCCCUCUGAUCCCUCCAGCACUUUCUCUUCAUCUGCGGCCUAAGGGCGUACCCAUCUCCUGAAUGCGCG